ACCGCCUUAUGGAGGGAGAUGCAGGGCGGGCUCCUCUCACGGAUCGCCCCGGGCUUGUUCCUGGCGCUCUUGCAGAGAUGUUGCUGUGAAGAAAUAAGCUUUCCAGAUUGAUAUGAAGAAUUUUACAUGAUGAAUAAAAUAAAAAUGGCAUCAGAAAAAAGUCUAACGAACAAUUCUCGGAUUCUGAGUUUACUGUCGCAACUGGAAAAAAUCAACACAGAAUGUUUGGUGGAAGCAGACACUACCAGAUACGUCACAUCAAAAAUUCUUCAGCUGGCUCAGAGUCAAGAAAAAAUCAGGAAGGAAAUGACUGCAAAAGGUUCAACUGGAAUAGAAGUUAUUCUUUCAACUUUAGAGAAUACCCGAGAUCUUCAGACUACACUAAAUAUCUUGAACAUCCUAAAUGAGCUGGUGGCAGCAGGCAGUAGCAGAAGAACAAGUGUUCUUGUUUCCAGAGGAGGGACACAGAUUUUACUGCAAUUGCUUGUGAAUGUCAGCAAAGAAUCCCCACCAAAUGAAGAAUUAAUGGUGCUGCUUCAUUCUCUUCUUGCAAAAAUUGGCCCGAAAGAUAAAAAAUUUGGAGUAAAAGCCAGAGUUAAUGGUGCUUUAAAUAUAACUCUUAACCUAGUGAAACAGAACUUGCAGAAUCAAAGGUUAAUAUUACCUUGUCUCCAAGUUUUACGAGUCUACUCAACUAAUUCUGUAAAUGCUGUGUCCUUGGGCAGGAAUGGACUCGUGGAAUUGAUAUUUAAGAUAAUUGGUCCUUUUAGCAAAAAGUACACCAGCCUUAUGAAAGUUGCUUUAGACACCCUUACUGCAUUGCUAAAAUCAAAAACAAAUGCAAGGAAAGCCGUUGACAGAGGCUAUGUCCAAAUGCUUUUAACAAUUUACGUCGACUGGCAUCGCCAUGAUAGUCGUCAUAGACACAUGUUGAUCCGCAAGGGCAUCUUGCAGUCUAUAAAGAGCAUUACGAACAUCAAGUCGGGAAGAAAAGCGUUCAUUGAUGUCAAUGGGAUGAAAAUUCUGUACAACACUUCACAAGAAUGCCUUGCAGUAAGGACACUUGAUCCACUGGUCAACACAUCCAGUCUAAUCAUGAGAAAAUGUUAUCCUAAAAACCGUCUUCCACUGCCAACCAUUAAAAGUGCUUUCCAUUUCCAACUACCUGUCAUCCCUGUUAAUGGUCCAGUGUAUCAGCUGUAUAGCUUGCCUCCUGAAGUGGAUGACGUAGUAGAUGAAAGUGAUGACAAUGAUGACGCCGAAACAGAGUCUGAGAUUGAAAAUGAUAAUGAAGAUGACAUAGAUUUUAAGAAUGAUGACAUAGAGACUGAUAUCAACAAACUGAAACCAAAGCAGGAAUUGGGGCGAUCAGUGGAAGAUCUGAAAAUGUAUGAACAGUUCUUCCCAGAACUUACAGAGGACUUUCAGGAGUGUGACUUAGUUUCCAAGGAACCAAAGCCUUUUUCACCCAAUGUAACCCUAGGAGGGGCCAUUGUUGUCCCUACCGCUGUAGAGGAGCCAUCUCCAGGAAACCCUGCAACAGAAAUUCCUGUGAAGGAGGGUCCUCCUCUACAAACAGAGGACUGUAACAAAAGACCCAUCUUUUUGGGUCUGGUAAACCGUGAUAGCAACACGGACAAUAGCUUACAGAAUCAAAGCGAACGCAAGAAAUUGUUUUCAACAUGCCAGUGCCUAAACCAUGAAAUAGUUAGAGACUUUGACAGAAUUUCAUUGCAAAAUGCUUCCAAAAAUGAGCACUCUUAUAGUACAAGGGCCAUGACCAAAAAAGAGUGUAAAACUAGCCUCAGUGAAGUUGCCUGUAAUAAACCUCUUCAACACGCUUCAUCCUGUGGAAGUGUGUUGUUUGAAGGGCGGUCUGUCCAGCUGGGAAAGCUGUGCUGUUCUGGAGCAGAGCCUGAAGAGGAGGAAAUUUCCUGUUCAAUUUCUGUGGGAGACCAAGUGAUGCUCGAGGUGCCUGAUAAGCUACAACUCCACGACCCAGAACUUUAUAUUGAGGUAGUGAAAAAUACGAAGUCUGUUCCUGAAUAUUCAGAAGUGGCUUAUCCUGAUUAUUUCGGACACUUUCCACCCCCAUUUAAAGAGCCUAUUCUUGAAAGGCCUUACGGUGUGCAGAGGAAGAAGAGAAUGGCUGGCAGUCACAUGCGAACUCUGAUGACAAAAAUUGCCCAAGAUAUUGAAAGGCUGAUUCAUCCUAAUGAUAUCAUAGACAGAGUUGUGUAUGACCUUGAUAAUCCCAGCUAUCCAGUGCCAGAUGAAGGGGACGUCCUGAAAUUUAACUCCAAAUUUGAAUCGGGAAAUUUACGCAAAGUUAUUCAGAUCAGAAAAAAUGAGUAUGAUCUCAUUCUGAACUCUGACAUAAACAGCAAUCAUUAUCACCAGUGGUUUUACUUCGAAGCCAGCGGAAUGCGAUCAGGUGUUCCCUACCGAUUUAAUAUAAUCAACUGUGAAAAGACGAAUAGUCAGUUUAAUUAUGGUAUGCAACCCCUUAUGUACUCUGUUCAAGAUGCACUAAAUGGCAAACCCUGGUGGACUCGUGUAGGAACUGAUAUUUGUUACUACAAGAAUCACUUUUCAAGAAGUUCCAUUGCAGCCGGUGGCCAGAAGGGGAAAUCCUACUACACAAUUACCUUCACUGUCACUUUCCAGCAUAAGGAUGAUGUUUGUUACUUUGCUUAUCAUUAUCCAUAUACUUACUCAGCUUUAAUGAUGCAUCUCAAAAAACUGGACUCCACACACAAUCCUCAGCAGAUAUAUUUUCGACAAGGCGUUUUGUGUGAGACUCUCUCUGGAAACAGCUGUCCCAUAGUAACUAUAACAGCCAUGCCGGAAUCAGAUUACUAUGAACAUAUCUGUCAGUUCAGAAACCGUCCUUAUAUAUUCUUAAGUGCUCGUGUUCAUCCUGGAGAGACUAAUGCAAGCUGGGUUAUGAAGGGAACUUUGGAAUAUCUCAUGAGUAAUACUCCUGCUGCCCAAAGCUUACGAGAAUCCUAUAUUUUUAAAAUUGUACCAAUGCUUAAUCCUGAUGGGGUCAUUAAUGGAAAUCAUCGCUGUUCUUUAAGUGGGGAGGACUUGAACAGACAAUGGCAAAACCCCAACCUAGAUCUGCACCCCACAAUUUAUCAUGCCAAAGGCCUGCUGCAGUACUUGGCUACUAUAAAACGUUUGCCCCUGGUUUUUUGUGAUUAUCAUGGUCAUUCUCGCAAGAAAAACGUGUUUAUGUAUGGCUGCAGCAUCAAGGAAACCAUGUGGCAUACUAAUCUUAGUGCUGCUUCUUGUGAUGUGGUUGAAGACCUUGGCUAUAGGACUCUUCCAAAGAUUCUGAGUCAGACAGCGCCAGCAUUCUGCAUGAGCAGCUGCAGUUUUGUGGUAGAAAAGUCCAAGGAAUCUACAGCACGUGUUGUUGUUUGGAGAGAAAUAGGUGUUCAGAGGAGUUACACCAUGGAAAGCACAUUAUGUGGGUGUGACCAGGGGAAGUACAAGGGCUUACAAAUUGGGACACGUGAACUUGAAGAGAUGGGAGCCAAGUUCUGUUCUGGUUUAUUGCGUUUGAAAAGGUUGACAUCGCCACUAGAAUACAACCUGCCAUCUACGCUCUUUGACAUUGAAAAUGAAUUGAUUGAAUCCAAAGUGACAAGCCCCACUACGUACGUUCUGGAAGAAGAUGAGCCUCGCUUUCUUGAAGAAGUGGAUUAUAGUGCAGAGAGCAAUGAUGAGCCAGAUGUUGAGUUGGCAAAUAAUGCUGGUGACUAUGAGCCCAGUCUCCAAGAAGAAGGACAUUCUGACUCUGAAAUUUCAAGGACGCAUUUGCCUUGAGACAUCCUUGGAGCACAAAGAAGAAAUUAAAUACUCUGGAUUGAUUAUGGAAGAUGGACACGGAGGGGUAUUUAAACCUGAGAUAUUGCUCAAGCAAAUUAACUGCAGUCAGUCCAGUUCAAAAACAAUAAAUGUCUCUGGCUUUUAAAUGAGUUGACACUUGCUUUAUUUAAAGAAUUUAGUUCUUCUCCUGAGCACUGAGCUUUAUCACUUGAUUGCCUGUUAAAUAUUGUUGCAUGGCUAUUUGUGUUCAUCCCUAUAAUUACCAAAAAAAUUAAGUAAGAGGUUAUUGGUGUGUCAGAAGGCAGCAGCUACACCUUAUUCCUUAUGAUGCUGACUUCUGAGCUGGUUUCUGAAAUUCACAUAAACAGAGCUUUGUUGGUUUUGUGUGUGUUUGUGCUGACAUUUCCCCCUCCAUAUUUUGCUGUUUGUGUUUAACACAGUGCAGGGCUCGCUCUGCAGUAGUUUGUUUUGCACUUAACUGAGAAAGAAAACGGAUGUACCGAGUGAUGUAUAUCUUGAGCCUUAAAUAAAAUGUGAUAACAUGA